AUGCAGCGCGUGCGGCGUGGGUCGCCGCUCUUUGCUCUCUACGACGACGACACACACUUGACGAAUCUUUCCAUCUACGAUCAGAUGCCCGCCAAGUUGAACAUCAGUGUCUGCUUCGGCUCCCAGCUCGCUCACUUCCGUGUAUCUUCGACAUACCCAGUUCAGAAGCUGUUGACUGUGUUGAGCAACCACAUCGGUGUUCAAGAUGUCCACAAGCUGCGCUUCAUGCACAAUGAAGGCCGAUUGGAAGCCCGUCAUACGACUCUUGAGCAAGCUGGUAUACAAGACGGAGAUUGCGUGGACUGCUGGUAUCAGCAGGGUGGAGGCUUCGCCCCGGACGGCAUUUGUAUCUCAUCGCCUACGGAAAUACCUCAAGUGGCACUGGAAGUAUCCCUACCACAAGGGCUAGUGGCUAAGAAAAUCUUCAGGCCUGGACAAGGGUGGUCCAUCAACCCGAGCCAGGUCAUCGAAUGGCGUGGUUCGGUAUCAGCUAGGAGGGGAUACGAUUCAUUUUCCGAAUUAGUGGAGCGGGACACCGGAGGUGAGGGAGCCGGUAUCUUUUGGUGUCUGAGUCGUGGCCCAUCAGGGGUAGACGCAUCGGUCAUGGACAAGCAUUUCGCUCUGGAUGACGAUAAUUCUGUUGUACUCGCGUACAACGAAGUUUCAUCAUACCUGGAACAGGUCUUGAGGGCGUUGAGCUUGGAUGCGAACGUCCGUGAAUGCUUCUUCCUAUCUCACUUUUGGAACCUCAUCAGAACUCGUUACAUCGCAAUACGUUUUCUUGACCAGGGAUUGUACGAAGAACUAGUACCACUCGCCCUUUCGCCUCCCCCGGAUGUAAUCACACGCAUCGUCAUGGUCUUCCAAAGGCUCGAUGAGGCCGACGUAGCAGCGUGGCCCAACGCGCGGGAGCGCAAAGAGCUCGGACCGGAAUACUGGAAGGAAGUGACGGGUGUCGAUGAGCGCGCUCUUGAUAUCUUACUGUACCGCGCGUUGGAGUGGAGGGUGGUGAUGCCGACCGCUGAUGACGAUUGA